AUGCCGUCGCUGGAGGAUAGCAACACUUGCUACGAAAUCCAUCAAAAAUUUGGAGACGGGCUGACGAGGAAGGAGAAGGCGCUCAGGAGGUUGGUUUGCGGACCCAACGCCAUUGAAAUCGAAGUCCGCCCCAUCUGGAAAUUGCUCUUUAAAGAGAUCUUGAACCCUUUUUACAUAUUCCAAACCUUCACGCUGACCCUCUGGCUGGUCCAGGGAUACAUCGAGUACUCCGUUGCCAUCAUCAUCCUGUCCAUCAUCUCUAUCGCCCUCACAGUGUACGACCUCCGACAGCAAUCGAUCAAGUUGCACAACCUGGUGAAGGAGCACAACAAGGUGGAAGUCAUGGCCUGGACCAAGAACGAAGGGAGCUGCAAGGUGGAAUCCUGCCAGCUGGUCCCAGGAGAUGUCCUCCUCUUGGAAAGCCAGAAGUUUUCUCUGCCCUGCGAUGCCAUCCUGAUAGAAGGAAGCUGCGUGGUCAACGAGGGGAUGCUCACAGGCGAAAGCGUUCCCGUGACGAAGACCCCCUUGCCCCAAACGGACAACACCAAGCCCUGGAAAGUUCACAGCGUGGAAGACUACCGCCGACACGUCCUCUUCUGCGGCACAGAGGUCAUCCAGACCAAGCGAGCGGGAAAAGGCCCCGUCAGGGCCGUCGUGCUGCAGACAGGAUACCUGAUCAUGCCUGAUCUGAUUGCCUUUUCUGGGUAG